AUGAUGUCACACCAAUUUUACGAGCAAGCUGCCAAAUGCUUUAGGGCUGCUGACAACAUUUUACUAGAAUCCAAAGCUUUAGCCUAUUUUAAAGCAAGCCAAGCUUCUGAGCUAAUUUCCGCAGAAAAAAAGAGAUGGUGGCCUGCAAAAAACAGAAACUUCAAAAAAGAAUGCAAAGAAAUAGAAGAAAAAGCAAAAAAUGAAUUUAUUUCAGCUGGGAAUGAAUUUUUGAGGAUUUCUGAAAUUGACGAGAAGGAAUUUAUGCUGAAAGAAGCAGCGAGGUGUUUUGCGUCAGCAAAAGAAAAUGAAAGGGCAGCUGAUAUUUAUCAAAGUAUUGGGCUUAUAAGCCAAGCUGCAGAAGCAUAUUUGGCAAGUGGGCAUUAUGAGGCUGCUGGAGAUUUAUUUACUGACUCUCCCCUCCGUGCGGAACAAAAUUAUUGGAAAAAUCCCUAUUUUUGCCCAAAAACCCACCCUCCAUGAGCGAAUAAAACAGUUAUUAAUAUUAAAUUUUUUUAUUAAAAAUUUUGAUAUAUAAUUGAUAAUUAGUGUAAUGAAUUCUCUAGCUAAUUCUAUUUAAUUUUAACAAAUUGAAUUUUAAAAUAAAUUUUUUACAAAUUAAAUAGAUAUUUACUUUCCAAUUAUUCGAAUUGGGAUUUUUUAAAUUUACUAUAUUAAUUUUUUAAAAAAAUUAAUACCCUCGGUGACCAAUUUUUUUGAUCGUUAAUGGAGGGAGAGGAUUGAGAAAUUUGAGUAUAUAAGAGCUAUAGAUGCCUAUAGAUGUGGAAGAAAAUGGGACAAAUUGGUGCACUGUAUAUAUAAAUGUAGAAAUAAUAUGGCUGAUAAGGAAAGGCAGAAAUUUAUAAAAAAAUAUGUCCCAUUGGCUUUAGAAAAUUUGAUGCCACAGGCUUUCCUGACUUUAGAUGAGGAUAAAAAUACAAUUGUUGAAGAAAAAGAGGAAGAAAAUGAGGAAGAAAAAGAGGAGCCAGCAUCAGAAGAGUCUUUUUCUCUAAUUCAAGAAUCCCAUAAUUCUUUUACUUUAAUAGGAAACUCAGCUGACAGUUUUAGUAUGAUAAAAGACGAUGAUGAAAUUUUUGAGGUUUUACAAGAUAUUGACCCUAAAGACGAAUGACUUAUUUCGGACUCAGGCUCUGUGAUAGACUCUUUAAGCCCGACUCUUAAUAAAGACUCCAUUCUUUCAGACUAUUCCAUUAUUGACAAUCCCCAUACAGCAUCUCUCAACCAAGGCGGAAAGCUCAUCAAUACAAAAACCGACAUUUUCAUUGAAGACCAAGCUAUGCUAAAAAUAAUUGAAUACGUCGGGAUGUUCUCCUCAGACGUGUCUUCCUUCCUAAACUCUUUUAAAUCUGCAGAAUCUCUUAUUAGCACACAAAAAAUUGCUGAAUCCUGGGAACUGAUUGAUUUAGAUGAAAUUUCUCCUGAACUUUUGGGAAUAAUUUUAGACGCUUUGGAGGAGUUUGGGAUGUAUAAAUUGUGCUUGUUUGUAUGCAAUAGGUAUCAGUUAGAAGAAAGGCUUGGACGCUAUGUCGUAUCAGUAGCUUUUAAAUAUUCCAAUAAUCCUUUAUUAAAACCAAGUGAUUUAAACAAGCCAAAUUUUAUAAAGGCACAAUCACAAAGGGCAAAUUUAGCGUUUUCAGCUGUUCAUAAUGUGCUGGAAAUGAUUAAUCCUGAAUAUUUGGCAUUGAAAAAGGAUUUUGAUGGGAAAAACUUGGGGAUUGAGUCGUUUAGAGGGCUGCUUUUAUUAGGAUAUUGGAAGAAAACUGUAUAUAUUAUGGAUAGAGAAAAUUCUUUAGCAGUGACUUCUUCGUUUAUGGAUUUUAAAAAUUUUAAAAAUAUCUAUUUGAUUUUUGAAAAUUCUGACUUUUUGGAGAAAAUUAAUGAAGAAAGCUUUGCAUGGCUUCCUUUUAAUACUCCUAGCAAUUAUGAAGAAGUUAGAGCUGCUAAAAUUGCUUUGGAUUCUGUUAUUUGCAGUCUUAACACACUUUAUUUUGUGACUCACUCCUCUCUAUACGUAGCACAAGAUUAAUAAUUAAUAUAAAUAAUUGAGUAAUGUUUAUAAUUUAUUUCAAAAAUGUUUUUUAAUUUUUUGGCACUAUAUAGCCCGUUCCUGGCUAUAGAUCGGGCUAUGCCCGAUCUUUUCGGGAAACUUGGGGGGUUAUCUGCGUCAAUUUUGGGUGACGAGUCAACUCCUCGAGUUGGCAAAUAGCCACCAUAUAGUGGUUUGCCAACUCGGGGAGUUGACUCGUCACCUCGAAGUGACGCAGACAACCCCCCGAGUUUCCGGCAAAGAUCGGGCAUAGCCCGAUCUAUAACCGGGAACGGGCUAUAUCUUAUAAGGAGAGUCAGAAGUCUACUUGCUCUUCUAUCAAAAAAUUUCCGAAUUUCCCAGAAUACUUUUUUUAUAAUGAAAAUUUCUGGAAAUUUAUUCAUAAACAAGAUGAUUCUGUGCUUAUGAAUUGUUUCAGGCAAAGCGUUGGGGAAAUUAAGGAUUUCCUUCGAGGAAAAGGUUUUAAAGAGAUUAUAGAUGAGUGUAGAGCUUGGGAUGCCUUAUCAUUUUUUACACAAUUAUUGCUGGGAUCCAAUUAUCAACCUGCAAUAAAAUCUUUCUUACAGAAACUACCAUAUGAGGAUUUUGAAGAAAUUUUGCUGAUUUCAAGUAUGGCUAUAAAAUUAUUAUGCUUCAAUGCCCAAGUACUUGAUUCUCGUUAUUCAACCUUGGUUUUCGCUAUGUUGGCGCCUCUUGGUAUACGGCAAUUAAUUUCUUCUCCAGCAAUGGCAGCAUUUCCUUAUUUUUCACAUGUUUUAAUGCAUAAGAAUAAUAUCUUGCUGCAAUCAAUCAAUCUUUGAGAUCGGUGAUGCUAAAGAUGAAUUUUUUUCAAAAAUAAAAUUUUCAAAUUUUAAAAAAUUAAGUGUUCAUUAAGUGAGCAGCAAAAAAACUAAAAUAUUAGCGAAAAAGAAAAUAAAAAUUGCAUAGAGCCCUUUCAGAUAUAGAAAGAGUCUAUACUGUUGAUACAGAAGGGCAAUUUUUAAUUCUCCCAAUAGAAAACAUACUAAAAGCAUUUUCCAAAGAAAUUGUUACUUCAUUAACAUCUAUAAUAAAAGAGAGAAAUAUCUACCCAAAAUCAAAAAAAUAUCCUGAAACAGCCAGUGCCCUCAUAAAUAGAUAUGGAGAGCUAUGAAUGAUAAAUUUCAUCAAUUCCCAUAUUGAUGGAAAUCCUUACAAGCUUGAAAACUUAUCAUCAGCAUUCUUAAAAGAAUCUAUUGAAUAUAAAGAAUACUCAAUAAACAAGAAAAGGCUUCAAAGAAUUAUUGAUUUGGCUGAUGGAGAUAGAAAAUCAAUAAAUUUUAUAAAAAAACAAAAUAAAAAAGAAAUUGCGUUUCUUGAAAAAGAGAUACAGAAAUAUAAGGACAAUAGUGUAGAGAAUAAGGAGAACUUACUUAAUUUAAUUAUAGAAAAAUGCUCAUUUAUGCCUAAAGCUGAAGUGAAACUGACAAAGCUAGCGAGUCACGCUUUAUUUUCUCAGGCGCAAAUAUUUAUGGAAUUGUCAGGGAAAUCGAAUGAACCAACUGAAAUUGUAGAAGAGCUCUUCAUGUCUUUGGACAAGGCCAAAAAAGCUGAAUUUUUAUAUAUAAUCGAAAUAAAUUAAUUAUAAAUUAUAUUUUUGUUAGAAUUGAAUAAAAUAUUUUUUCUAUAUAUUAACUUUACAUAUCUGAGGCUUUUUUAGCCUUGCCCAUGUCUUAUGAACUCUGCAAGCUAUCAGGGUAUUCUAUUUAUUUUCAUGAAAUGCUAAACCAAAGACUCAAACCUACUAUAUCAGCUUCUGGUGAAAAAAUGUUUAAAAAUCAUUCAUUUUAUCAUCAUGCUGUUGCUUACUUAGAUAUUGACUCUUAUUUUGACCAAGGCUCCUUUGAAUCUGCUUCAACUUCAAUUUUGUCCUUAUUAAAUGCUCAAUUCUUCGAAAUAGAUAUUGAGCAAGUCAUCAAAUUAACUGAAAAAGCCGUAAUUUGCUGGGCUAUUUCUUUAGGAACACCUAUAAAAUUAUCCAAAUUUCACAAUAAAUAUUUACCUAAGAGCCAAUAUACUCGAAACGGUGAUAUUAUAAUUAAAGGAGUCGCUCAAGGAAAACGGCCAUCUAUUUCAGCAGAGCUUUUUGAAUGGACAGUUAAAAUUUUAAGCCAAAUCAAUAAAUCUGAUACAAGCAUAAAAUCAAAAUCAAGACUGGCCUCAAAAAUCUAUGGAUUCUUGCUAUUAAUUAUUCAAUAUGGAAAUCCAAGCAUUUUAUAUGAAUCAAUGACAAAAGUGCAAUUAAAUCGAGAAUUCGAGCUGAUUGGAAUAACAAAUGAAAUACAAGAAAUUGCAGAAAUAGCCAAUUUGGCAGCUCUAGAAGAAUAUCAAGCAAUUAGCCAGUCUUCACCUCUAAAAAAUGGGGAAAUUAUGGUUAUUCAUGAAGAAUUGAUUAGUGAAGAGGAAAGUUUGCAGAGGCUUAAUAAUUCGUGGAUUUCUGAAACUAGGCUUUUUGCAGCCCAUCAUGAAAAAGUCUAUAUAUUAAGGAAGCUUAAAAAAUAUAGAAAAAGAGUGCAAAGGUCGAAUAUUCAGCAGCAAAUUCUGUUUUCCUCUUUAUCUUCAAAAGUCCAAGAAACCCUAUCUUUCAAAAAAGACUGAAAAUCCAAAAAUUUCUUAAAAAUAAUUUCAAUAAUAGAAGAAUUCCAAGCAGAAAUCAAUGAUUGCAUAUACAAAGCAAGCUUAAAGAAACCAUUAGAUUUCCAUUACUUGCUAAAACAAAUGAAUUGGCUUUUAACAGUCUUUAGCAGCAUCAUAAAUUGUAUAACUUCACAAGAUAUUGACUGUUCUGAAACCAUAAAAAAUUCUAUCCAAGAAAUAGAAGCGGCAAUAAAACGUAUGAAUUUAUGGAAAAAUGUAAUUAUCCUACAAAAUAAAGAAAUUGAAAUAAAGCAUCAGAAGAAAUGGAAUUUCAAAUGGAGGCAAGAAAUUAUGAAUAAGAGGAAGAAAGGAAUAAAAAGACAAGAAGCUUUGAUGAAGAAAAGGGAUAAGCUUAAGAGCUCUUAA